AUGCUGACUAGGUCUGCGGAUAGGAAAACUCGCUCGUCCGCAAAGGGGGCAAAGGCCGGUGGCAAUAAUAAGGCAGUAUCACGCAGUGUGUCUUCUCGCUCAAAACCCCCAGAAACAAGACAAACGAGGAAGGCACUAGACGAUGACGCUCGUCCCUCGAAGAAACCCAGAAUUACGAAAGAGACGGUGAUCGCGGAAAUUGCUAAUUCUGGCCGAUCCACGAGACUGACCGAACCGGAUCCACCUGCGAAGAAGUCUACGGGUAGAUCCAGUAAUUCUUCUAUUAAGGAGCGCAGUACCGGGAAGGGAUAUACCACAAAGGCUCCGGAUACCUCGUCUGUGCGCAAAGCCGCUCUUCCAGUCGGAGGCUCGUCCGGGGGACGGAACGAUACGAGACUGAGGAAAUUAGAGGAGGAGUUCGAGCAGAAGCAGCGGUCCCUGAAACGCGAGCGCGACGAGUUUGAGGCCGAGGUUGCGGACCUUCAGAAGUCUCAAGAUAGCGUGGACGAAAGAGAGAAGGCCGUCACGAAGAAGGAGGAGGCACUUGCACGUACCGAGGCGAAACUGAACGAACGCGAUGCGGCUGUCGUGAAGAGAGAGCAGGAAGUCGCGGGCCUUGUAACCAGCGUGACAAGCAGUCGAGCGGAGCAGGCUCUGGCGCAGCUCGAAGAGAGCUUCACUUGUGCUUUAUGCUUCGACGUCAUGGCAUGCCCAUAUACCCUCACGAUGUCACAAUGCGGACACUCUUACUGCGCUGUAUGUAUCCUCAAGUGGUUCUUCUCACACCUUCACUACGAGUGCGGCAGUUGGCAUGAGAUCCUGGAAUGUCCCCUUUGUCGCACUUCGCUACCUAUGCCGAGGGAUGGUCUGCGUUCCAUUUUUUCAUGCCCGUUUUCGCCUAACAGGAUGGCGGACAAGCUCCUCACCGAUUUCGUGGAUGUGCUGCAUAAAUCUGGGCCUGCUGUGGGUACCAGUGCGAGCGCAAAGAAGAAGCAGAAAGCUGCCGAAACAGGAGAUCCUACUGCAGCGUGGCACGAAGGCGGCAGUGCAAGAGCCGAAUGGGAAGAACGAGAGCGGAAAGGAAGAGAUGAAAUGAGACUGCUAACCGCCAACUGGGCCAAGCUUCAGCGUUUGGACUUCAAAGCCAUUAGAGAUCGUAUCGGAAGUUGA